CAUUCCGGCCGCGGAAGCUGCACGGAGAAGAAACAAAAAAUAUCAUCUCACACGGAUAACAACUGCGCUGCGCUCGAUUACAAUUCAAGACAAAGGCGUUCAGGAUCCUCUUCGUAAGGUCGUAAAGCUUUACAUACUUCACCAACGACGAUCCACUAUAGCAUGAGACUAGAAAUCAAUCUCGAUCUGAUUUUCCCCGCGCCUCACGGUCGAUGAUGCAUGUGCUAUAGCCAGAUAAGCCCUAAUACCUUCCUUCGCUUCUUCAAUCCAUCAUGGACAUGAAAUCCAACGACGAGAAUUUCGAGCAAGCUAGCAAAAAAAAUGAUGAUGAUUUCGAUUUCCAAGGAUCGUCAGACCAUACUCAUAGGAAACUGAAGAGCAGGCACAUCCAGCUCAUGGCUAUAGGAGGAACCAUCGGGACAGCUCUUUUCGUUCAGAUUGGCCAAGCUUUAACAGAAGGAGGGCCAGCAAGUCUCUUCAUUGCAUUCACUCUGUGGUCCACGUUCAUCCUCGCUAUCAACAGUUGUCUCUCAGAAAUGGUGACAUGGAUCCCAAUUACCUCCCCAUUUGUUCGAUUCGCAGAUCAUUUUGUCGAUCCCGCACUAGGACUAUGCGCUGGAGUCAACUUCUUCAUUUUUGAAGCGGCCUUAAUACCAUUCGAGGUGACUGCUUUCAACGUCGUACUCCAAUUUUGGACAGAUAAGAUCCCGUUGGUUGCUGUAAUAUGUUUCGUGCUGUUGUGUUACUUAGCCCUCAACCUAUGGACGGUGAGGUAUUUCGGAGAGUCCGAGUUUUGGUUUGCAUCCGGAAAAGUUAUUCUAGCUGUGGGUCUUAUAUUUUUCACAUUCAUCACCAUGGUUGGCGGAAAUCCGAUCCACGACGCGUAUGGAUUUCGGUUUUGGGACCCCUCCAGGGUACAAGGCGCCCCAUUCGCUGAAUACAUACGCACCGGUUCUCUCGGCCGAUUCCUUGGAUUCCUCUCCUGCCUAAUUCAAGCUUCCUUCACCAUCGCUGGUCCCGACAUGGUGUCUAUAGCAGCCGGUGAAGCCCAGAAUCCCCGCCGCAUCCUCCCUCGCGCCUUCAAAUCUGUAUUCUACCGCCUCACGACCUUCUUCGUCCUCGGCUCCCUCUGUAUCGGCAUCGUCGUUUCGUACUCGGAUCCUAACCUCCUCCAAGCCUUGUCUGAUGCGCGCCCGGGUGCGGGGUCGAGUCCGUAUGUCAUUGCGAUGCAGCGAUUACAUAUCAAGGUCCUGCCAGAUAUCGUGAACGCGUUGAUAUUGACAUCGAUAUUCUCUGCGGGGAAUAGCUAUGUGUAUAACGCGAGUAGGACCUUGUACGAGCUUGCGCUAGAGGGGAAGGCUCCUAAGGUGUUUAAGAGGUGUAAUAGGAAUGGGGUACCGGUGUGGUGUGUUAUCGCUACGCUGGGAAUAGCACUUCUAUCGUUCUUGCAAGUGUCGAAUAAUUCGGCUGUAGUUUUACAGUGGUUUGUCAAUCUAGUCACAGCUUCCCAGCUUCUUAAUUAUGCAAUUAUUUGCUUCACCUACCUGCGAUUUUACAAGGCUCUAAAAGUCCAAGGUAUCUCUCGCGACACUUUGCCACACAAGUCGUUCUGGCAGCCCUUCUCCGCAUAUUAUGGUUUCACGGGUACUAUCGUAAUGGCUUUCGUUGGGGGUUACACCGUGUUCUUGCCGGGAAGAUGGGAUGUUCCAUCGUUUUUCUUCUCGUACACGAUGAUAGGCGUCCUCCCAGUGCUUUUUGUUUAUUGGAAAAUCUAUCGCCAGACAAAAUGGCGGAAACUAGAAGACAUCACAUUUUUAGAUAAUGAACGGUUGCUUGUAGAUCGUUAUGAGGAAGAAUGUGUAGGAGAAGAACCUAGUUCUAUACUCAGUCGCAUUUGGAAUUUGUUGCAGUCGUAGGAUGAACGCAUACAUAGAUAUUAUGGCCUGACGGUUGCAUACAUUAUUGUCUGCAGUUCGCGGGGUUUUUUCGCGAGGC